UUUCCUUGGCGACUCGGCGAAGCGCACGUGGACGCACGGAGACGGGGGAGUUUAUUGUUGUUGUUAUUCUUAUUUACGGAGUUUAUUUGUUUAUUUUACAAAAAGUGACAUUAAGAGUGAGAGAUAUCGCACUCGGGAUGUCUCGCAGGGCGAUUUUCGGGGGAAUCGCGAUGCUGUUGUUGCUGCUUCUGUGCGACCGGGCCUCGGUGAGAGCGCUGGAAUUCCAACCGCGAAGCAUUCUGAUGACAAACUACACUGCGGAUGUAAUGCUUGUGAAUGCGGAUGCAGCAACAUCGUGGACAUGCGGCUUGCACCUCUUGAAUGAGGCGAGUAACAGCAGCUCGCCUUCAUGUGACUACAAUGCAUCAGAAAACUGGACCGUCACAUACGAUCCACAAAAUUCUCCAGUGGUUCCGCUGACGCUGACACGGAUUCCAACGGACCCCAAGGUUGUAGUGGAAGAGGCGUUGGCAGUGAGAUGCUGUCAGAGCGACAAGACUGCCACCCUCCUGGUGCAGGUGUCCAUCAGGCCCUUGGAAGCACGAAUCGAUGGAAACAUCUCCCUGGUGACGGGGCUGCCCAACCCAGCGUACGUCCCGCUGAGCAUGUGCCCCUGCGACCUCACCCAGAAGGCCUGUGACGUCGGCUGCUGCUGUGAUCAUACUUGCACAAUGGGAAACGGCGGAUUGCUUUCAUCGUGCUUGCCGGGAGUGUUUGGGGGGCUUGUGUCGCCGCCAUUUGAGCACCUGUGCUCGGAGCAGCAGGCACGCAAUGCCCCGGACUGGUUCCCGUUCCUGUGUGUGCAGUCGCCCGCCGCCAACAGCCCCAUGCUCGGCCUCUUCCACACCGACAGUCCCGUCCUAAUGACGUUAGAUGCACUGAAGACAAAGUUGGACCAGAUUCCUGUGAGCCCUUCGUUUGCCAAGGAGAGAACAGGCCAGACAAACGCCCCCUGCUUAUCGUCAAACGGCAACAUGAAGCAGGGCAGCCCAACAUGCGUCCAGAAUCGUCUCUUGACCUUGCCGCAGGCCACGCUGGCUGGUCACUGCUUGCAGAAAGCCCCCGUUUCCUUCCUGAAGGACGUCACCUCUCGCUGUGUGCUGCGUCCACCACUUCAGCUGCUGUGUACAAAUAACAGCUCGCUCAGCAUUGACGCCUACUCCAAAGAUGUGGACACAAAGACGUGCUCUUUGUCAGUGCUGGGAGCCUCCAUGCAGCUCAGUCCAACAAAUGUGUCUUUUAUCCCCGAGGGCAUCAUACAGAGCACUCAACAAAGAGUUAUAGCAUGCUUGCAGGUCCGCAAAUCCAACGAAACGUGCAUUGACGCGGUGGUGGCUGUGACUUACGAGGUGACUUGGAAGAACUUCUCGGUGCGUCACAUUCAUGCCAAGAUAACUUUGGCGAACGUCAGUCUUGCGAACGACGCCUCGCUGGUACAGGAAUUCUCGGUGCAGUUUAUAAAUCCUGUCAACGGAUCGCAGAUUAUUACACCUCGAUCUGGAAACCCGGGAUACCUAGUGGGCAAGCCGCUGUUGACGGCUGUUUCCAACAACAACGGGAGUGUCAACCUAACUGAGGGACUCCACAUUUGGUACCCAGUGGGCUCCAGCCUGUGCGCUGAGGCCCAAACGACGCAGGUGAAGUUCGGCGAGAACUCCAUAUCCGGGUGCCUCCUCCGCCUUGGAUUGACCGAGCUGAAUAAUUGCACCAACAUCAGGCAUAAUAUCCUGCAGGGAUGGAAUCGCCUGCUUUCUGCAAAUUUGGUUGGCCGACGUGGCAACUCCAACCCCAACCCCAACGACACCCACACUGAUUGGGUCACCAUAGACAACAAGAUCCCGAAAAUCGAAAACUUAACAAAGUCAACCGGGAGGCCUGGAAUGUGUGCAGAAGUGCCGGCUCGCCUGCACAUCCGCGUGCUCACCGCCAUGGUGGGAAACGUGGAGAGGGAGCCCCAGAUGGAAAUAGUUGCUGUGAAUGUCAGUGUGAGCAACGUGACGUGGCAGCUGUCGUGUAUUGGCGCCGAAGGGGCGGCGUGCGUGAACACGUCGUUUGUGCAGUCCUUCCAAGUCACCAGCUCCGUGCAGUUUAUCCGCGUGGCCACAACACUGACAUCGUCGCAGACCAGGUUUCAACUCAACUACACAGAGUUUGACUGCAGCCGAAACGACGUGUGCUGGCCAGAGCUCGCCCUCCCGUUCAUCACCACGUAUAAAGGUAGGCACGACCCUGUCCCGUGCGUCAAUUUAUUCAGCUUCAGAUUUGAAAUGCCCACAGCUGCAAUUUUCACCCCAGGCUGGUGCAUCAGUAUACGAAUACAAUGCGUGAAGCACAUGCUCGCUUGCGUGCGCGCUCACACACACACACAUUUGGUAAGGUCUUAGAUGUAAAGUAAAGGUGCAGCCCUGCAAUUGCGUUCCCACGCUACAGCUGGCGGAUGCGCCUCCAUUAGGGUGAGCUCAAGAGAGCCACUAUAUAGAGGAUAUCAAAUGGCUUGCGUAUCAAAAGUACCCACACUUUAACCCACCACAAUCGACUUGUUGAAUUGACCGUGGUGGUGCACACGUUUAGACUGCUAGCUGGACAGGUUGUGGGAUUUUAUGAAACGUUGCACCAUUGUUUAAACUGUCGUGACAAGAGAUUGAACCGGCGACCUCUGUGUUGGAAGUCAAAUGUGCUGUCCUUUACACCAGGGCAGCAGAUUGCUUAUAUGUGACAUUAAAAAAAAAACACCCAGUGCCUCUUAUGUGGGUUGGGCGAUCUAUAAUGUAAACCUCACGAAUUGCAAUUAUUUUCUGGACUUUUAGAGGGCCCACUCUCGUAUUGUUCAAAAGGGAACACUGGCCAUCAAUGUGCUUUAUAAUUAUGCAUGCAGUAAUAUUUGACAAUUGUGUUCCAGUGUUAUAAGCUCAGGUCUAAUUGUAUCUCACCAUGAUUGUGCUUUUCCUACACCAGGCCACCCAAACGGAUACGCAAUAGCCCAGGGAAUGAUCCUGGUCCUGCUGUUUGUGUUGGCGGGGCUCCUGGCAGCCCCUUGGCAUGCGAUAUUUACGUGACUAUCAACCGUCGCCCUAAUUUUUGAAUAAAAAAAUUAUAAUUUCUGUA